GACAGAUUCGCGUGUCGGGUUUCCGCACUGUCUCAGAAUCAUCAUCAUCGUCAUGAUCGUCAUGAUCAUGAUCAUGUCAUGAUGCGAGAAAUCAGUUCUUGUUGUUGUUCCACUCUCUCUGUCUCGUCUGCGGCCUGCCAGCCAGGCUGUGCUACUCCGUUACGGUUACUGACACCGACCGAUGUUCACUUAGCACAGGAUCGCAGUUUCCUCCACAGCGGUGAGAGUAAACCCGGGACACCGGCGGCGACAAAGGGCUUAGACACACAACUUGUGUUGUGUGCGAGACACCGGUAGCUGUGUCCUCGGUGAAUCCUCUACCCAAGCAGGUGAAGAUCGUGGAGGUGGGACCCAGGGAUGGGCUGCAGAACGAGAAGCUGACCGUCCCCACCGAGGUGAAGCUCCAGUUCAUUGACAUGCUGUCGGAGACGGGACUACCUGUCAUUGAAGCGACGAGUUUUGUUUCCCCGAAGUGGAUUCCGCAGAUGGCGGACCAGGCGGAGGUGACGCAGGGAAUUCGCAAGCGGCCCGGCGUCGUCUAUCCUGUCCUCGCGCCGAACCUGAAGGGCUUCCAAGCGGCGGUGAAGGCGGGCGCAGACGAGGUGGCCAUUUUCAGCACUGUGUCCGAGCUCUUCGCCAUGAAGAAUGCCAACUGCUCUGUGGAGGAGAGCCUGCAGCGGGCCGAGGAGGUGACCAGAGCGGCCAAGGCGGCGGGCGUGCGGGUCCGGGGGUAUGUCUCGUGUGUCCUCGGGUGCCCUUAUGAAGGACACGUGUCUCCAGACAAAGUGGCUCAGAUGGCGAAGCACAUCUACGCCAUGGGCUGCUAUGAGAUCUCGCUGGGCGACACUAUCGGCGUGGGCACCCCGGGCAGCAUGCGGGCCAUGUUGGAUGCCGUGAGCAAGGAGGUGCCCGUAGACCGGCUGGCCGUGCACUGCCACGACACCUACGGGCAGGCUCUGGCCAACAUCCUCGUGGCCCUGCAGAUGGGCGUGAGUGUCGUGGACUCCUCCGUUGCUGGGCUGGGGGGCUGUCCUUACGCCCCAGGGGCCUCUGGGAACGUGGCCACAGAAGACUUGGUGUACAUGCUGCAUGGCCUCGGGAUCCACACGGGUGUUGAUUUGCAGAAGGUGAUGGAUGCUGGAGCUUUCAUCUGUCGCUUCCUGAACCGCAGGACAAGUUCAAAGGUCGCCCAAGCCUCGUGCAGACUCUGAGACUCGUUGUCUGUGGCCACGCAUGGGCCGGGGCGGGGGGGACGGUGUCUCGGGCCUCGUCUGCCGCGCUGCACGGAACGAGGCCCCGGACAUGCAGAAUCACCUUCGUUCGCUUUCCUCCAAGGAUCUGCUGAAGAUGUUUUUGGGAAAUGGAUGUUUCCAGAAAUGUAUCCCUGUAAUUUCCUUUCUGCAAACACUGACUCUUUUCAAGGGAGCUCUGGGGUUGGUGCUCUGGAGCUGUGGGUGGAAAGAGGCAGCAUUUCUCUUUCUAUGGAUUUGAUGCCUUGGAGAAUCACAUUGACAAAGAAUGGUUUUAUCAUAGAAGAAAAUAGAUUUUGUAAGAAACACUAGAGGUUUAACUAACAUUACAUCAAAGUGCAGCGCCACCUUCGAGAGCCUGGCAGCGAAGCCAGUUCAGUGUGUCGUGCUGCUUGAACUGGCGCGUUCCACCGCUGUGCUACAGGGCUUUUAUGAAUCACAUUGAGCUGACUGUUUCUGUACCUUCUGUCUGACAGCGGCACACACUUUUUAGUGUCCUUCACCAGUUUUCACACACCACAGGACUUACUGAACACAUCUCAGAAACAUCCGUUAAAGUGUUUCUUCUCUAUUGUCCUCUCCCUCAUCUGUCUUUGAUGUCACUCUUCUCCUAAUAUUAGUUUUCUGUCUGUUAUCUUUUCCCCAAUUAACCUUUCUGUUCACAUCUCCCCCUUAUUUUCUGACAUUGUACUGCUGUGUAAUUGUGCCCAGAGGCAUCUUGACAUUGUUCUAUUAAAAGAAUAAAAACACUGUAAUAAAUGUAUUGCUAAAAAUUAAAAUAAACGUUUUAAUAACA